GUAAUGUCUUUAGGAGUACCACUUAAAAUUAUGCAUGAAGCAGUUCAUCAUAUAGUCACAGUCGAACUAAAAACUGGUGAAAUGUUUACUGGAUAUAUGGCAGAAGCAGAAGUAAUCAAUAAAAAAUAUAUAUUAGGACACAAUGAAUGUAAGAUUGGAUGAAGUCUAAAUGGUAACAAGAGAUGGUAGACCCAUGUCUUUAGAAUAAGUAUACUUAAGAGGAAGUCAGAUCAGAUUUGUAGUUAUCCCAGAUGUAUUUAAAUAUGCUCCUAUGUUCAAAAAAAUUAGAGCAAAUGCUAAAAGCAAAAAUAUGUAGUAAAUCAGAGAAAAAGCUAGAUAAGUGAGAGGUAAUUCAUAUAUCUAUUAAUUAAAUAGAGGAAUUAGUACCUCGCAUUAAAUAAGGAUUAGAACAAUAAAAAAAGUGAU